AUGUUCUUUAGUUAUAUACUAUAUUUGAUAAACAUAAACUAUAUAUUAUGUAUUAAAAUAAGAUCAUUUAAUUCAAAUAAAAAUAUAAACAUUAUUGAUACAGGAAGAAGUAGUUAUAUAAAAAAUAACCUUGUAAAAAAAAAGAUAUCAAAAAAUAUUUAUUUUUUAAAUAAUAUAAAUAAUAAAAUUAAUUUGCAUAAAAAUAUAGUAAAGAAUGAAAAAAAUGAGGAAGGAGGCUUUUAUAAUUUUGAUGAAUAUUUCAAUAGAAAAGCAGAAGAAAAUUAUACUAAAUUAGAAGCAGAAAAAUUAAAAAUUCUUAAAGAAAAUACUAGUACUUGUAAGGAGGAAAUAAAAAAGGCAUUGGAAACAAGCUAUAAAAAUGAGUAUAAAAAAUUAUUAAAAGAAGAAGAGGAGGAUGAUAAGAUAAGUAGUGAAAUUCAUGAAAAUAUUAAAAUAACAUUUCAUAUGAAUGAAAAUAUAAAUAAUUUUUUAUUUACACAAUAUAGUUAUAUGAUAAAUAAAUUGAAAGAAAAAUCAGUAAUUUUAAAGAAUUUAAGAAAGUUUUAUAGUAAUAAUAAUAAUAAUAAUAAUAAGCAAUUUACGAAUAGUAAAGAUGAGAAUCUAGUUGAAGAAGAAGAUAAUAAAGAAGAAAAAAAUAAGUCAAAUAUAAAUGGUGAUAAUAUAAAAGAAACCAAUAAUACUAUUAUAUCAGAAAAUCUAAGAGAAAAUAUUAAUAUUUCUCCAAAAUUGCAUUUAGAUUCAAAUAAUAUAAAAAAAAAAAAUGAUAAAUUAAAAGAGAUAAUGGAUAAUGUGCAGUUUUUUAAACCGGAACAUAAUCUUACUCAAACAAGAAAUUUCCAAACUUUUAGUGACCAACUAUUUGCUAAUGCAAAAGUUCUAAAUGAGAAUUUUUUUCUUAAUUUAAAAGAAGAAAAUGAAAAAAAGGUAAAAUGUGAUUUGAUUACAGAUAACGAAGAUACAGAACAAGAAUUAUUUUUAAGUAAUAACGUGUCUGCUUUGCAAUUAUUUAAAGAAAAUGUAAAAAGUUUUUUACAUUAUAAAAAAGCAAAUAUAAUAAAAAGUAACUUAAAUGAGGAUUUAUUAUAUGGGAGAGUUAAAGUGCAUUGGUUUCCUAAAUUUAUGAAAAGAGUUAUAAGUAAAAUUCCUGAUUAUAUAAAAAUUAGUGAUAUAAUUAUUGAAGUAAGAAAUGGUAUUAUUCCAUUUGUAUUUGAUGAUUUAUAUGCUUUAAACAUUUUUGAUAUUUAUACAAAUAAACCUAGAAUUAUUGUUUACACGAAUUCUGAUAGAUCAUCAAUUAAAGGAAAUGAAGAAUGGGGUAGUUAUUAUAGAAGAAAGUUAUAUUGGUAUGAUAAAAAUUUUAAUAAAAAUAUUAAUAAAGAAUAUAUAAAUCAAAUGAAAAAAAGUGCAGUAAUAUUUGUUAAUGCAAAAGAUGGAAAAAAGGAAAUCAUUGUUUUAAAGAAAUUAAUUAAUAGACUUUGCCAAAAUAUAAUUGAUAGCAAAAAAAAGAAAGGUAUACAUAAUUAUAAAGUGAAAUGUAUUUUCAUAGGUUUACCUAAUGUAGGAAAAUCAGCAUUAAUAAAUCGUAUAUUAGAAUUAAAAAAAACAAAAUCUUAUGAUCUCCCUGGUUUAACAACUUCUAUACAGAUGUAUUCCUCAAAAAAAUAUGAAUUAAUUGAUACACCAGGUAUAUUAGCUCAAAAUUUAUAUAAAUUGAAAGAAAAAACAUAUGACAAAAAAAAUAUUAUAUUGGAAGAAAUUUAUAACUAUAAUUCUAAGGAUUAUUCUAAAGAUAAUGUUGUUAAUAUUAAAAACUAUAAUAGUUAUAUGCAUAUAGAAAAUAAUAUUUAUCUGUUAGCUUUAUGUAAUCAUAUAUCACCAAAAAUGUAUGAUAUAUAUAAUAUUGCAGAAGUGCUCAUGCAAAAUUUAUAUAGAGCUUAUUUAUAUGAUAACGAUUAUAUUGAUUUACAAAGAAUUAUUAAGAGAUAUCAAAUUAAUUUUACUGAAUGUUUGAAUAGUGAAGGAAGCUUUUGUGCUAAUAAUUUUAUUCAAAAAUUAGCUCGUGAUAGAUUUCAUAAUGAUUUAAAUCAGGCAUCUAUGAGAUUAGUAACUGAUUUUAGAAAAAAUUAUCUUGGAAGAACUACUUUAAAUUACCCAUUGUAUUUUAAUAAAAAAUCAAUCACCUUAAAAGUUUCGAAAAAUUAUAUUCAGCAAAAAAGUGAUAAAUAUAUAGGAUGGUGA